CGUGGGACAUUUUGGCUCAAGUCGAUUGUGGCACUGAGCCAUCAUGGCCUGUAAACAACAACAGCUUCUGACCGAAGCAAACUGUGUCUGAGACUCGGCCUUUAUUUAGAUAUAGUGAAGUGAUUUUCAACAAUGCUUCGAAGGUGUGUCUGAUUGAUAUCCUUCGAACGGGACGUUUUUCUUUUCAGCGGGCAGCUUACAAGCCAUGUCCUCUCAGCAGCCUAACAGCUCAGCCUCCAACAGCCCCACCAGCAUCUUAGGAUCUCCGUUUUCAGUCAUCAGUCCCUCACUUAACUCCCCAGUGGUGCCACACUCUCUGGGAUUUGGACCCAUCAGCAACAGUCAGAUUUCAUCUUCAGCGCCUAUAUCAGGGAUGCACUCAGUCAGCAGCUCAGAAGACAUCAAGCCUCCGUUUGGCUUGAGGCCGAUGCAGGCUCACAGCCCGGGAAUAAUGUUGUCUCAGAAACGACUGUGUGUCAUCUGUGGGGACCGCUCUUCUGGCAAGCACUAUGGAGUGUACAGCUGUGAGGGUUGCAAAGGUUUCUUUAAACGAACUGUGCGAAAAGACCUGAGCUACACCUGCAGGGAUAACAAAGAGUGCCUGGUCGACAAACGCCAGCGCAAUCGCUGCCAGUACUGCCGCUACCAGAAGUGCCUGGCCAUGGGAAUGAAGAGGGAAGCAAUCAAACUUGUAAAGGACAUAACAGAAGAUGGAAAAGUUGAAGGAUGGAUGACGGUACAAGAGGAACGACAGAGGAACCGAGAGCGGGAAGGCGAGCUGGAAUUCAGCGUUGGAGUGAAUGACGAGAUGCCUGUGGAGAAGAUCUUGGAGGCAGAGACGGCUGUGGAGCAAAAGACUGAGCUUCACUCAGACGGAGGCUCUGCAGGAAACUCGCCACAUGAUGCUGUUAGCAACAUCUGUCAGACUGCAGACAAACAGCUGUUUGCCCUGGUGGAGUGGGCAAAGAGAAUCCCUCAUUUCUCUGAACUGCCCCUUGAUGAUCAGGUCAUCCUUCUGCGUGCAGGGUGGAACGAGCUUCUGAUCGCCUCGUUCUCCCAUCGUUCCAUUCCGUUGAAGGAUGGAGUCCUUCUUGCCUCUGAGCUACAGCGCGAUAGUGCACACAGUGCGGGAGUUGGAGCCAUUUUUGACAGAGAAAGUGUGCAGAGUGCAGAGGUCGGCGCCAUAUUCGAUAGAGUUCUCACUGAGCUCGUCAAUAAGAUGAGAGAUAUGCAAAUGGAUAAAAUAGAGCUGGGCUGCCUUCGAGCCAUUGUCCUUUUUAACCCAGAUGCUAAAGGGCUCUCCAACACCGGUGAGGUGGAGCUCCUUAGAGAAAAGGUCUAUGCAUCAUUGGAAGCUUACUGCAAACAGAAAUAUCCAGAGCAGCAGGGAAGGUUUGCUAAGCUCCUCCUUCGACUGCCAGCACUGCGAUCUAUUGGCUUGAAGUGCUUGGAGCAUCUUUUCUUCUUCAAGCUGAUCGGUGACACGCCUAUUGACACUUUCCUAAUGGAAAUGCUUGAAGCUCCCCAUCAGUUGUCUUAGAUAAGAAGCGUGUACUGUGGUAGCUGAAGCCUGGGCAGCGGGCGUGGGACUGGAGUGGCACUUUAAGUUCUUUGAAGAUUUGUCGAUUUGUCUCACUGCUGUCUGCGUUACACUUCUUUUAGUGCGGCACAGAUUUGCGCUUUAGACCAAACCCAAGGCUUGGCAUGAUCUACAAGCUGGUGCUAUAUGUUUAAUUAACUUCAUGUGUAACUAUGGGUAAACACAAGUAUCUUUUGAAAAUAUAAACAUUUACAUAUUUCCCUCACAGGAUAAACUAUAAUUUGGAUAUACAUUUUUGUAUAAACUUUUUAGACACCUCAGAUUUUAAGAUUGUUGUUUCUCCAACUGAUGGGAUACAUGAGAGGACGGCAGCCAGAUUCUUUUCUUAACGCGUUAAGGACGCACCCUUUUUAUAAAUUUACAUUCAACUCAGAUCUAAAAGUGCAUUAUUGUACCAAACAACAGCUUCGAGUUUACUUGUAUCCAUUGCACAUGAUAAAAUCCAGCAGUGACCCUGAGACGGAAGACAAGUGAGCAGUUGAAACCGUCAGGCCAGACUCAUGCUGCUCAUCAGGGUCAGCUUUAUGUGUCUCGUAUACAUAUAUAUGCAGAGUGUUGUUUACUUUGCCAUUUAAAAGAAUAAUUAUGUCGGGGUUAAUGAUUAGACUUUUCUGCACAUUUGCAACGUGCUGUUUCUAAACCAUACAUUUAACAAAUGCCUGGCCUGAAUGGUCAAGUGUUUGUCUUUUGGUGCUAUUUCAGAGAUGAUUAUUAGCGCAGAUGCACACCAAACCACAAACCUAUGAAUAUAUGCAAAGCUAAAAAUUCUUUUGUCAAUCUUUGUUUAAAAUGUAGCAAUACAAAAUGUUAAACUAGGCAAGCCUGUCAGUUUUUCAGGGGUUUUACAAAGAAAAUUAUGUCCUGUGGAAAGGGAAUACUCCAUUUUGUAAUUUAUCUUCACAAAUCUAAGGUACUGUGCAAAAGUAAUUGUUCAGGGACAGUGUAUAUUGAUAAAUUUGAAUUAUGAUCAGGAAAUACAAAUUCUAUAAUUCUUAUUUACCCUUUUUCUGUUUUCAGCUAGUAUAAAGCAGAACGUGUCUUGGGUUGCACUGGAUUUGCUGAGACAGUUUCGGCUUCUUUUUCUUUUCUUUUGUUGGAUGCUUAGUUUUUCCUACCUAUCCUCUUUUUAGGUAGCUGUCUUCAUCAUCGUGAUGUCUCUGCAUUUUAUUGCCAGCAAACAAUAAUCACAUUUAGCUCCAUACCACCUGUGAACAGACAUGAAUUUUAAGUCCAGAUGAGUUGGCCGUAUGUAAACACCAGCUGUAAUGGUAAACGUGUCACUGACAUCUGUAUGCUCUUGAACAUAAAAGUGACUUGAAACAUGGGUUGUGUGGACUAAAAAUAAACAGGCUUAAGUCUUUCUUUCA